AUGGACACACUCCGAGAGGCUCGAACGGCCCCGUCAUACAAUAUUCCGUCUCGACAGCUGAUCAGCGUGGAGCACCCUGCCGUCAUUCGCAACAUUGACAAAGCUAUUGAUACACUGCAAGGCAAUACAGGAGUCAACAAAAUCAUGAACCCGGCUAGAGCUGAUGCUCCUGCACAUCUAUUACUACGACCUGAAGAUGCCAUGGCAAGACCUCUGGUAUCUACAGUUGGGCAAACAAACAACAUCUUGCUCAAAGUGACAGUGCCCAAGCGCACUGGUCGGAAGCGCAAGAGAGGAUCCGACGAGCCGUUCACCGAGGUACCAGAAGAAGCACAAGGCCCUCAGCGGCAUACAGCAAAGGAUUUGAUGCGCUCUCUCCAUGAUAACCCCUCUCAGUACAAGAUCCAGCCGGUCGGGAAGGUUGAGCGUACUCAUGUAUUCCGAGGAAUGCCGGAUUUUGUCUACUCGACCACCAACAGUGUUUUUACUAAAAAGUUCCGGGAUUAUAUUGUCCCAUACGACCUGGAGAAAAUGAAGAGAUUUGAUAUCGACCUGGCAAAAGGUACAAUUAAAGACGCGGAUAUCAUUCCACCGCCGGCACUUAGUAGCGAACAAGUUCCGUUUCUCUACAUGUACCGCCAAAACCCGGGCGUGAAACAAACUCUGGAUGCAUCUGGCCGAAUCAUCACGGAGAACGUUCAACAAGCCACCAAGAUUCGCACUCACCUUGUGGGGCAUGAUGUCCCUGAAGUUCCCAGCAAACCCCAGGAAAGCCUCCCACCGAUUGAGACUCUCGACAUCACCCUGCGCAGAGUAAUCGAGUUCGUCACCGAGCUCUUUGAAAAGCGCCCUAUCUGGACUCGUCGUGCUAUUCGUAACUUCCUCCACUCAGAUGAACAACGCUACCUUCUUCGCCUGGCAAUUCCCUAUGUGGGAUAUAUCUUCCGCGCAGGACCAUGGCGUGACGGAAUCAUUAAGCUUGGUGUCGACCCGCGCACUUCCCCAGAAUUUCGGCACUACCAGACCUUCAUGUUCCGCCUCAUGCCCGGUGAAUCUGAUUUAGGUCGAGAUGGUAGCCGCCGUGAUAAAUAUGCCCGUCUGGAUCCAGAAACUCGAAUUGACAUCCCCGAUUCCAGGGAUUCUUAUAUUUUCACAGGAAAAUUACCACUUCACCAAGAUGGAAGAAUCUGGAUGGUCUGCGAUAUCAAAGACCCCCUUUUGAAAAAUCUCCUCUACCCACCCGAAGAGAGCUUGACCGAACCUCAUCUCCGAGAGACGUGUGAGAUUGUCUCGGAUGGCUGGUAUGGUAGCGGAACUUUAGCCAAAGUGAAGAUCAUCAUGCGUGCCAAAAUUGCAUCGCUUCUCGAGGGGGUUGAGCCUGAUGAUGCGGAGUACAUGAAGGUUUCCCAAUUUCCUAACUUUGCUAGCUCGGAGGCUGAAGUGUCUGCCAACUUCCAGGUUGAUCCGCGCACAUCGACUCCGAAAGAGAUAUCUCUGGCAACCGAGAUUCGUGCUGCUAUUAAGAGUGCUCCACAGUGGAGGCGGAUCAACGCGAAGGACAAGGAGGGAGAAGAGAGGAAAGGGAAGGGCAAAGGAGUAAGCUCGACCCCGUCGACGCAGAGAAGAGAAAUGAAUAUGGAUGAAUAUGAAGAUGGGGAUCUGAAAGGAGUGGAGAGUGAGGGCGAAGAGGAAGAGAUGGAGAGGGUGGAGAUACUGGAGGAGCAGGUUGCGGCUGCAUUGGCGGCUAGGGAGGCUGCCGAGGAAGAGGAAGAGGAUAACGAUAUGCAGGAAGAUGAUGACGAUGAAGAGGGUGAGGAAGAAGAAUACUGA